AUGGCGGAAGCACUAGCGCAGGCGGAUGGGGAGGACGAUGUGGAGAAGCAGAUCGAGGCCGCCCUGGCCUGCCCCUGCCUAGGCGAGCUGCGCCGCCCGCAUUGGUGCUUGCCGUUUGCUCGCCGCACCAUCCGCGACCUGAAGGAGGGCGCGUGUGGUCCCACCUUUGUGCACGCCUUUGGCUGCUUCAUCCGCAGCGAGCACGAGGACAAGGGCAUGGACUGCCUGGAGCAGUUCAAGGCCUUCCAGGUGUGCCUGCAAAAGAACCCAGAGCACCUGGCCAAGAUCAUGCAAGCGGAUGACGGCGCAGAUGGCGGCGCACCGGGCCAGCCGUCGGAAGGCGCGCAGGCGGGCGGCAGCGGCUCGGGAGGAGGAGAAGCGGCAGCACCAGCGGUGCCUCCGCAGCGGCAGCAGCAACCAAAGAAACCAUAG